GUCGCAAACUAUUCACACCAAUACACUUUCGUCUCAAUACACACGCCAUUUUCAUUUCAUCCGUUGUGUUUCAGCGUCGAAAUCAGCUUCUCCUCUCUCAAAUCGAUAGUGUUGUUUUCAAAGUGCGGUCAAGGGUGUUUUUAUGCGGCUUAAGUGAGUGAAUCAAACAAAGAUUACAAUUGGAAAAAUGCAAUCGGCCGGUGAAAAUGAUGAACAAAACGAUGCGGAUAAACUAGAAAAUGGAGAAGAUUCCGCUAUAUCAACGACAGACACAAAUGGUGGGAUCAAUGGUGAUGACAACGAAUCGGUCGAUGAACAUUCGAGAGAUGAUGUCGAUGCUGACGCCGACGCUGAUGUAAGUGAUGAAUGGACAAACAAACGAAUCAAAUUGCAAAUGCCGACAUUUUUGAAGCCAAAAUCGGUGGCUACUUGGAAAUCAAUCGCCGUCGAUGAUCCCGAACGUGCCAAACGAUUAGGUAUUGAAAGCAUUUGCCCGAACAUUUGUCUAUAUUUUUUGCACGAUGCAUGCGUCGAAGGUGACAAUUGCUACAAUUCACACGAGCUUCCUUCGGAUGUUGACGUUUUACAACAUUUUAAAGCAUGUGGAACGACAGACACUGGCAAAUUGUUACGUGUGAUUAUCGCGCGAUGUCCAAAAUUAUUGUACACAUAUUUUCGGGUGUUUGUUGACUAUUUUGCCGAUCAUCAAAUGAAAGAGGUUUUGGUUGAAUCAAUAAUCAUAUGCCAACGUGAACAAGAUAAAGAAAAACGGUUAAAUUAUUUCCAGCAUUUGAUACGGGCAUUCAUUCGUAGCGGCGAAACUUAUGAAUCGGCGAUGGAAGCAAUUUUAUUCAAUUUAAAAUAUAUUGAUCGUGACACAAUCGAUAUACUGCUCAACAUGAAUUUGAUUGAAGGCAUCAGCGUCAGCGACUUUUUGAAUGUAUUUCGAUCGUUAAACAGACAUCGGUAUCGUUUCAAUGAACACAUUAUCAAUCGCUUAAUGUAUCUUUGCACACAAUCGGAAGAUGUGCUUGAUACCGAUACACUCAGCGAUUUUACUCAGCUUAUAUUUCACAUCAUCAAAACUAAUCGACAUGUACAAUCUGUAUUGAAUAAAAAUGAUUACCGAAAAUACAUUCAAUUGUACAAUCGGUAUCGCAGUCACAGUCGCAAUCAGAAUCGCAACGGCACACGACGUCAAGCUAAUUGAAUUUAUGCAAUGUUUGGUGACAAUUU